GAGACGGACGAAAAGGAAGAAGGAGGGUCAGCGCAUGCGCUAUGUAAUCGGCUAAGGGAGAAGCAAUCGAGCAUAGAGAACCAGACGUCAUGUACCGAUUGCCGAGUAUACACAUUUAGCGCAGAUUCAAUGUAAAUGCCACAUAGUCCCAAAGCAUGAUGGAAGCUUGAGUUGCUAAAAGCUGCCUAAAGCUACCGAAGUUUGCAAGCCGCGAAAAGAGCCGGAAGGUACCAAUUGGAGCAGAAAGCCAUGAAAAGAGCAAAAAGCCAUCAAUUGGACCCAAAAGCUGCUGAAGAAGAGGAGAAUGAAGAAGACCUUUAAAGAUGUCUGGAGGGAUUUUCUCUCCCCUUGAAAAUCUACACGACUUGGAUAAAGCCAACUGCCACCCACUAGCUUGUUUCUUGUGCCAUGAGCAAUAUGAACACCCAUGCCUUCUUGAUUGCUACCAUAACUUCUGUGCCAGCUGUCUGCGGGGUCGUGCAAUAGAUAACCGCCUCACCUGCCCUCUGUGUGGGCACCAGUCAAUAGUAAAAGGAAAUAAUGGGCUUCCUCCAGUUGACCGACUCCUUCAGUUCUUAGUGGACAGUUCUGCCGACUUUGAUGAAGUGGUUCAGUGUGCCAACUGCGAUCUUGAGUGCAAGAAACAGGAUGGAGAGAUCAUGUACUAUUGUAACACCUGCAAUCAGCCUCUCUGUGCUAAGUGCAGAGAUGAAACUCAUAAAGCGAAGAUGUUCUCUCGCCAUGAGAUUGUAUCCAUGGCUAAGCGUGCCAAGGAUAUAUAUAAAAAGUGCUCUCUGCAUGAGGAACCUUACAUCAUGUUCUCCACUGAGAAGAAAUCUAUGCUUUGUAUCAACUGCUUCCGUGACAUGCAAGUGGAAAGCCGUGCUCACUGCAUUGAUAUUGAAACUGCAUACAUGCAGGGCUGUGAGAAGCUGGACCAAGCAGUCAUGGCAGUUAAGGAGCUCCAGACCUCAACCAGAGAAGCAAUUUUCCUCCUCAAAGCUAUGAUUGAAGAGGUUCAUAAUAGUGCAGAUGAGGAAGAAACGUCAAUCAACUCUCUCUUCUCCAGUAUGCAGGAGAAAUUAGCAGAUCGAAGAAAGAUUCUUCUUAAAGCCGUGCAGUGCCAACAUGAAGAAAAGGAGAAGACUUUUAAGGAGCAGCUAUCACACUUGGCAUCCCUACUGCCCACAUUACAGGUCCAUCUUGUUACUUGCUCAGCCUUCCUAAGCACAGCCAAUAAGGCCGAGUUCCUUGAUUUGGGAUAUCAACUGAUGGAACGCCUUCAAAAAAUAGUUAAACUUCCUCAUCGUCUGCGACCUUAUCAGAGCAGCAAGAUCAAUACCGAUUAUGGAGCUGAAUUUGCUCGCUGCCUAGAGCCACUGCUGAUGCUAAACCUGCGCCGAGGGGGGAGCGUGAGUGGCAGCUGUGGUGGGCCGGGACUGAGCAAUGGAAGCAUGAUUUCAAGUGGUCAAUCCUCAAAGACAUUAAUCAUGCCUGGGUGUUCUUCCUCUGUUGACAAAAUGUCUAUCCCAGGAUCCAUAGUGCGCAAGCCUACAAUGCAUCGAUAUAUAAGCACUAAAGUUCUGUUGGCUGAAGGAGAGGAGAACCCAUUCACCAAGCAUUGCCGCAGCUAUGAGGAAAUGUAUAGAGCAAUACAAUUGGAAAUCCAGAACUUGAAGGACCAGGUCCAAGAGCUGCACAGAGACCUUACAAAACACCAUUCCCUCAUUAAGACUGAUACAAUGAGUGAGAUUAUCCAAAAAUCCCUCCUAGUCGACGGGCAUAUAGCAUCGGAGUAUUCAUCUGUAGAAAUGAUGAGAACAGCAUUUGAGGAGAUUUGGGAAGAAACCUAUCAGAGGGUGGCAAACGAACAGGAAAUUUAUGAAGCUCAGCUGCACGACUUACAGCAACUGAAGCAUGAGAACAGCUACCUAACAACCAUUGCGAAACAGAUUGCUCCUUAUGUACGUUCCAUUGCAAAGGUUAAGGAGCGCUUGGAGCCCAGAUUAAAAGAACCGAAGGAAGAUGCAUCAGAGAAGCUGUAUGAAGACUUCCCAUUGGCCAAUGACAUGCACAACAGGAAUGACCCGACAGCUUGCUCUGAGGAAAACUAUGACAAAACCCUGGAACCAAAAGUCGAUAAUCGAAGCCUAAAUGUUCUAAAUGAAGACCUUUUGGCGAAGAGCAAAGAAUACUAUAGACUGAAACAAAACGCGACAAAUCGAAAAGGUCUAAGUACUUAAAAGGGAAAGAGAAAAUUAUAGGAUAAUCUAGAACCAACAGACUUGCUCUUAGAUAACAGAUAAACAUUUGGAUGAAUUAACAGUGGCUGCUACACACAAAUAGAGCACAAAUGAUGCCAAAAAUAUUCCUUUACAAAUAAACAUACAUUUAGCAGCUCCAGAUAUUGACCUACAGUUCCCAGCUGAAAGCUGAAGGGUCACUAGUUGCCCAUGUCUGCUGUGCCUUUAGGGAAUAGAAGGAAAGCCUUAUAUACUGAUGGUAAUGACAUAGUGGGUACUUAAAAAACACUUUUAGGGGCAGAUUUACUAAAGGGCGAAGUGGCUAACGCUAGCGACAAUUCACUAGCGUUACCGCCCUCAGGGACAUUGCUGAUUUACUAAGGGGCGCAGGCGCUUAUUCGCUAGCGAAAGAGACUGGCGUUAGCGGUCAUUUCCACUCCAUCACCAGAUGACUCUGGCGAACGGUCGUUACUCCGCAAAUUCACUAAAGUGCAGAUUUUACUGAACAUUACCUAUUUCGCCACAGUUGCUUUUGCCACCUCAGACCAGUC